CCCCUCUAGACCACGCGCCAUUUCUGGUACUCUAGGCCCAAGCGGCUCCAACUCUCUUGCCUCGCCUGACGGCGCGGAGCUGAGCCCCGGGCGGAAUGAGGCCACUCCCGGGGCCGUGGUGGCAGCUGCUCUGGCUGCUGCCCUCUGCCACACUGCACGCAGGCGCGGUGCGCGGGGAGGAGGCGGUCGCGGCGGCGUUGUCAGUUCCAAGGUGUAAAGCUUUGAAAGAAAUGGAUUUAAUUAAAACUUCUGUGUCAGACUGUUACUGCUACAAUCAAAAUUCCCAAAUGGAGUGGAAAUACAUAUGGUCAACUGUGCAGGUGAAAAUUACCAGUUCAGGCCUGCUCAGUAUUGUAUAUAUCACAGAAAGAUAUAAUUGCCAGUAUCCAGAAACCAUUCUAUCUUUUAUCAAAUGUGUGUUUCAUAAAUUUUGGACACCAGAGGAGUCUAAUGAAAUAACCAUAGUUAUCAAUCCACAUGGGGAGACUACAUGCUUCUCUGUGAAGCCAGUGAAGAAUUAUACAAUACGUGUGAAUCGAAACAUUGUGGAUUUCAGACUCUUCCUUGUGUUUGUGGCAGGCAUUUUCCUCUUCUUUUAUGCAAAGACCUUGAGUCAAAGACAACCAAAUACCACAUGUCUUAGGAAAAUGAAGAAAUGGUUUACAUCGGAAAAGCUGGCAGUUUCAUAUCUUACUGAAGACGAAUACAGGGAACAAGCUGAUGCUGAGACAACCAGUGCUCUGGAGGAGCUGCGCCAAGCCUGCCGCAGACCCGACUUCCCGUCAUGGCUGGCCAUCUCCAAACUACAGACGCCGAAAAAGUUUGCAGAAUUUGUUCUUGGAGGAAGCCACUUGUCGCCUGAAGAAAUUAGUCUUCAUGAAGAACAGUACGGCCUUGGAGGUGUCUUCUUGGAAGAACAGCUCUUUAACCUGAGGACUUCCGACAGUCUACCUGCAAAUUGACUUCAUUCUGGAAAAGGAAGUGGGUAAAGGGCAAGGAGCCUGUUGAAGUGGUUUUAGGGACCAGAGGCAAAGGCAUUUGCGAUGGAGAAAAAUCACGUCGCACUGGAAAGGAGAACUGUACUGAAGAUAACGGAUCAUUCUUGGCCAGUUCUGUUAUUUAUUGUACUGUAGGUGGCCACCAAGAUUCUAUGGCAGUCAUUACAACUUUGCUUGAAUGAAGACUUUCAUUAGGAGCAAGGGAAUUGUGUUGAUCUUCAAGGGGCCAAUAAGCAUGAACAGGUGCCUUGUCACCACAAGGGCAUUCAGUUCUUUUACUCGCCAGAACUUGUGUCAAAAGGCUGCAUUGCCCUUCCUAUAUGUUAUUAACAAAAGUGCUGGCAGAGACCUGAGAUAUGCUGGACCAAUGUUUUCCAAAGCAUAGUCCACAGAUGCUAAUAGGUGUUAGUCAGUAAAGGGAUUCUGAGAUCAAGUAAGAUUGAUACAAAGUUAAAUAAAAGUACUGCAGGACUUCUCAGGACCUUUAAUAACAUGUACAUUGUGAAUCUCCUAAAGAAGAGAAAUUGUGUGUAGCAGUUUCUGACUUAAUUUGACCACAGAACUAUUUUUUGUGAGAUUAAUAUUCCUUGGAAUACAUGUUUGGAAAAUGCUGAUGAUGGAGAAAUUGAGGUUUGGGGAGGUUAAGUAACUUAUCCAAGACCAAAGAGCUAUUAUAUUUAAAGGCAGCACUGGGACUAGACCUUCAACCCUAAGUAUUUCCUAUGACUCAGGUAGAAGAGACCUUUAGAGAUGAGCCAAGAGGUCAUCUCCCUACAGCCUUCAGUCUCAUAAUAUCGGUGACUGUAUUUUUUAAUAAUGGCCAGCGAGCUAUUUGAUAACUGUGACAAAGAGAAACAUUUCCUGAGAUUAUAUUUUAAAGUUUUGAUAAGACUUUUUAUAGACAUACAUAAGAAUUAGAAUUGCCUUCUAUAUUUUUUUGUACAUUGAAAUUGAAACCAGUUAACCUAUUGUGACAUUUUGAGUUGACUGGUCCAUUUUUAAAAGUUGCUUAGUUUUAUAUGUUUAUAACAAUUUCCUACAAAACAGAUUUAUGAUCUUUUUUCCCCCCAUUGAACUCUAUUUAACUGUGUAUGGCAUUGUGAUCUUAUUUACAGAGAACAAAUCUUUUCUUGAUUCAUGAUGUUAAACCUCAGAGUAAAGUGAGGCACUAACUGAGCUUUGACCCUGAAGAAAGGCCUAAACAUAGGUCUGAGAAAAGAACUCAACAUGGCAAAGCAAUCCAAGGGUUAAGAUGGUGCUAAAUUGAUUCUCUUUAAGAAUCAAACUCAGGCUUUUUUUUUGCUAUGACGGGAUCAUAAAGAAUAGAGGCAUAAAGAAUGAGGAAUCCCAAGAAUGGUUAUGGAGGUAGAAUGUGUUUAGAAUUUAGGCACUGCUUUUCCUGAGCCAAAUUUAGUAGACUUGUUCUAAACUGUUGAAUAAGACCAUGGCUACCCAUUUAGAACUUUCUAGAUUGAUUUUCAAAUGCUAUUUCUUCUUUAAGCAGUGUGUCAGUGUUUUACGGGUCUCUGUUUUUACCAGAUACCUUUUCCUGUUAGGAGCUUUGCUAUUUUUGUGAAAUGCACUAAACUCAAUCUGUGCUUUCACGUAGACUCUGAUUUUAAAAAUCAAAGAAAGUAUCUUCUAUUCAGAUUUACGAUGAUGAUGUUUUAUAAGUAUAAACAGUUCUAACAUCAUUUUUGUUAUAGUUCAACCUGAUCUUUUUUAUAUUUAUUGGUGAUAUAUUGUAAACAUAUCAGACGCAUCAGUGGUUGUGCUCACCAUGUUCAUCUCCCAAGAGACAGUUUGUGUCCUACAAAAUGUGUGAGUCACAGGUAACAGUCUGCUGGCGUUCCCCAGGGACAUCCUAGCCAAGACAGCUCUUGGGCCUUACCUGUGUCAGGGUGAAGAGGUGCUGGCAAUAGAAGGAAGCAGGCUCUAGUGGGCCACGCUGGGCGUAAUCAUCACAAUGCUAAAGAACAAGAAAAAGAGCAACAGUCUUCCAAGAUGUUGUUUUGGGUGUUUGUUUUUUAAAGAAACCAUGGAUUUGUCAGUGUCUGUUAUAUGAGUACUGUAAAAAGCUAACAAUUAAAAUGAAUUGCUUGUAAUAUUUGGCA